AUGAUUGAGGAAGAUGAAGUGAAAAGUAAAGCCGUUUCAAAAAGCCGCAAAAGAAAAGCACCAGAAAAACUUGGAGGCUCUAAGAAGAAAAAACGGCGUGCUAAGGCUACUGAAGAUAUAGCAGAUGAUGGUCACAAGGAAAAGAAUGAGAAGCCUAUUCUUGAUGAAGACAUUGCCGGAAAGAAUAGCCUUUCGCAUGUGGAGAAAAAAGAUGAGGCUAGCGAUGAAGAUAAUGUGGAGAAAAAUGAAGAAACUGCUGAAUUAAAUUUCAAGAGUCACAGUCCUGUGCCUUGCAUCACAAGAAAUGAUAAAAUCCAGGAGAGUGAGGAAGAUGUUGAGGAUGGAGAAAUUGUCCGAACAGAAACAAAAAAGCAUCCCAGUAGAAGUGCUAGGAGAAAGGCUAAAAAAAGGCAGUGGAUUAAGGCAAUGGCAAAACUUCAGAAGAACAAUGCUACCUGCGAAUCCGAGAGCUUUCGGAAUUGGAUAGAGGACCAAGCCAAAACUAAAAGGAAAAUGGUAACCAGCCAAGUUCAUGGACAGCAAAAGUGGAAAAAAUACCGUUCUGAUGCUGAAAGAAAUGAGGUGGAUGAUCAACCAAAAGGACUUCUACACUGGAAGCAAUCUCCCCAGGAAAACUGGAGUUUUAAGGGCAAAAAACAUUACCGACGAAAGCAAGAUGACAACUUUCUUAAACAACAAAAUCAAAAUGGUGGCAUGCUUGACCAAUCAGCUCAAAUUGUUGAACUUGAGCCAAAUGGAAAGCUGGAAGUUGCACAUGAACAGCUGGGUGAAAACAAUGGUGGUGUACAAGAACAAUCAAAACAAAAUUGUGAUGCUCAGAAGCUAUCAAAUCCAGACAGUGAUGAGGAGAAUGAAGUUGUUCCCAUUGUAAUAAGGCCAGGACACAUCCGAUUUGAGCCGUUGGAGAAAGACCAAGCUGUCGAGCAAGCCCAAGUACCUCCAGUAACUGUCCAAUGGAAUGGAAUUACUAGCAAGAAGAAGGGUCAACAAUGGGGGAAGGAAAAGCGUUCAUUCAAUCCACGAAAUGACUACAAAAGUUCGAACAAAGAGGACACAGAGAUAGUAAAUAAUGAGAAGGAGAAACAACCAGAUAUAGGGGUGGACUUUGAUAAGCUUCCACCUCUCACUUGCAUGCCUAAGGAAGGAGAUCUGAUUGCAUAUCGUGUUGUGGAAUUAUCAUCAACCUGGACUCCUGAGAUUUCGGGCUUUCGGGUUGGAAAAGUAUCCUGGUGUAAUAUUGGGUCCAAUCAACUAAUGUUGGUGCCAGAGCCUGACUACCCAAUUGUUUCCCAGAAAGCUGAUGAUGAAGAUGUACAAUUACAUAAUUCCAUUUAUAAUGAAGAUGGUUCAUUGGAGAUUGAUUUUGCAUCUCUUCUUGAUGCUAGAAUCUUGAAAAAUGGGAAUUCAGUACCAGCCAAUGAAACCCUUUGUCAAUCGAAUGAAGGUUCUUUAGGCAUUGAACACACUGCACAAGCUGUGUCCCCGGGAAGCAAUGAUAAGAAGACAGCCGAACCCAGCCCAGAAAAUGGUGGGGUUGACAUAUGGGAACAACUCGGUCAAGCUCUGAGUGCCAAGAAAGAACAACUGUCAAGCGAAAACAGGUGGGGCAAAACUCCUAAAAAAGUUCAGCCACCUCCUGAAAAUGGUUGGGGUACGAAUGCCAAAAAGGUACAAGUAUCAUCACCCAGAAGUGGUUGCUGGGGGAAGAAAGCGCGCAAACUACAAUCCUCGCAGGACAAUGCUUUAGGUAAGCAGAAUUCUUCAGGAGGAAAACCUUGGUCAUACAAAGGUCUGAGAGGCGGUGGGCUCGGCGCAACAAUGGCUAUUCUGAGGUCUAAACAAGAUGUAUGA